AUGGAAUCACCUUCAACAGAAGCCUCCAAGCCUGCAGUAUUAUCAUUCCUGAAUCUUCCCCCGGAAAUCAGAAUCCAGAUCUACACCUAUGUUCUCCCGGACCCCAUUUAUCGUGGUUACAACUGCAAACGAGGGGCCCAUCCCCUCUCCAUAUUUCGUGUAAACCGUCAAAUCCACGAUGAAAGCACGCAGCUAUUCUAUUCUCGAAGUAUAUUUGACAUUAACAUCCUGGUAGAUGGAGGAUUGGGGGUUGGCGACCCUGAAUAUGAAAGUGCUUAUGAAGUCGUUUAUCAAUCCCCCUGGGAGACCCUAAGCUACGGGUUGAUUAUCAAUAAAUCAACUGUAGACGAUGGGAAGCCUAUCAAAUGGGUGUGGUACAGUAUUCGAAAGGCUUAUGGGGACUGCACAGAAGACUGUGACAAAAAAUUCAUGUCGGCUCGCCAAUAUGUACAUCUUCAGCAACCGGGAGUGAUUCUCUUCCCUUCCCCCCGCUAUCGUCCCUUCCUCCGUCGCAUAGAGAUCGAGAUUGCCGAAAACUGCAAUCGAGAUUUGGAUCUCAGUCGCGAACAUUACGGAGAAAAAGCGACUACCCAGAUUCGAACAUUACUUUCGCCACUCCUCUGGCGCCUACGGGAGGUACUGCCUAACACCGCCUCGGUGGACAUCACAUUCAUUCCCUGGUGGGAUCCGUUAAAAAUCGCGCUUGAGAAAGAGUUCAGAAGUAAAGGAACUUGCGGAACCCUCAGUCACCGAACAGAUACAGAAGGCCUUGAGAGAUACUCUAGCUAUGUUAGAAGUCUUGAGGCCGCCUACCUUUUCACACGCGGACCGUGGAAUUCGAAUGUUAGCCCUCCUCCAUAUUUAAACUCAAUCUUUCCAGGAUUGAAGGAAGAAGUUUUUACGAAAUGCGAUCACGACGCAACCUUUCAAGUGGCUAUAGCGCAAAAGGUGCUUGAAAAGAUCAAUAUCGUGAUGGAGAAUGACCUGACAUUUUGGGCAACGCGGAAUGGGACCUUACUUCUAUGCCAAUUCGAAGAUCCAACCUCGGUCCGUGAUACGCGAUACAACGAAUUCUAUGCUCAAAGAACCUAG